UGACAUAACCACAACGAGGUGAGGCACAGUGUUUAUCGAAAAUAUCAGUUUUUGCGCAUAAUUUGAAUGUGACUGUGUUUACAAAGUGUUUUAAAUUGCACCCCAUGAAAAUGUCUUACACCCUGAUGCGUCAUUUACGCCGAACGGUGUUAUUAAGUCACCAAAUUCGGGUGGAGAGUACGAUGACGAAUGUUACCCAGGAAGACUUUGUCUUUCGCCCUCCUAUUGCCCAAUGGGGCAAGGUUAUACGAGAAGCAGAGAAGAUAGUUGGAUAUCCGACCUCUUUUAUGAACUUACGAUGGCUUUUGAGCGACGAAUUUGCUAAUAUGGCCAUGCAUUUACGCAAAGUUGCAGACACCAACCACCCAAUCAUAAAGACGGCCAAAACUGUCCUCUACAACGAACACAACAAUCUUCAACCGUGGGGUUUGAUCAUCCUCCUCCUCUCCAAAGCUAUCAACCCGUCAACCUCACAACUGCAAACCAACACCGUCGUUGAACAACAACGAAUAUUGGCAGAGUUAACGGAAAUGAUUCGCACGGGACACUAUGUGCACCGUGGCUUGUUAAACAUACCAAUAGAAGAACGAGGUAAAAAUACAGAUACAGAAAUGUUUGCAAACAAAAUUGCUAUCUUGAUUGGUGACUAUUUACUUGUAACUGCAAACGGGAUGCUGGCACGAUUGAAAAACCAGGAUUUAUCCUACUUGAUAUCAACAGCAUUAAGAGACAUGAGUGAAGGGGAGUUCUAUGGCCAACGGGACAAGCAAAAUAUGCCGUUACCUGGAAGACCAAGUACAAAAAGUAAUGAUAAUUUCAUAAUAAACAGUGAUACGUUACCCUUAGAUGUAACAGAUUGUGCAGGUUCACCGGUGAAAGAGUGGACUUUACGGACUUUGUAUAAUGGUGGUUCGUUGUUUGGCCGUGGGUGUCAAGGGGCAUUGCUCCUAGCCGGUCAAAAACUAGAACAGCAAGAAAUAGCAUAUCUCUUCGGCUGCCAUUUAUGCUUAGCAUGGCAAGCUGCGAGUGAACUUCAAAAGUUCACGUCAACGAACAAAGAAAACUACUCUUUAGUAAGUGCACCUGUAUUAUUUGCAUUAAAUGAAAACCCAGAUUUGUACAAAAGUAUAGAAAAGGAAAAAAGUAAUAUAACUAGGAUAGAUUUAGAAGCUUUGAAGUUCUCCAUUUUGAAAACGGAUGCAGUUGAAAGAACUAAGUUAUUGUAUGUUGAAAAUGCUAAAAAGGCGGAGGAAUAUGUCGAGAUGUUUGGUGAUAGCGAAUCUAUUAAUGCUAUUAAAAGAUUAAUCAAAACCUUGUAAUAGAGGCUUGAUAAAUUGCGUAAAAACUUAGUUCAAUACAGCUUAAGGAGGAUUUCAAAAUAAACAUGUUACCAAGAUAAUACACAUCUCUGUUACUAACUGUUAAUAAUAAUUUAUGGUGCUAAAGUUACCCAAUAAAAAUGUGCAUCAAAUUAGUGAAUGAAAUCAAUAAGGAACUUUCCAGGCUAUGUUCACCGAAAACAAUUUUUAAACAAAUUCUACAUACAUGUUAAUUACAUAAGUUGUGCACGUCUGUAAUUGGUGCAAACACUAGUACUAGCCUUAAGAAAGUUUUAUUAAUUGUUGUGUGUUUGUACUGUUGAUGUGCCUAAUAAAUAAAUAAUAAAUAAAAAUAAAAAAACAAUAUAUAUGGCGUUGUACAGCUUUAACGUGACAAUUACAUAAUUAUUCCAAAAUACAAUGUAAUGGCAGAAGCACAUAUUAAAAUAAUUGUUGUUUGAUAUUUGGAUCUAAUAAUAUUGUUAAUAUUGCUUCUCUUUGUUUUGGUCAGAAUAAUAAUGGGUGGAAGAUGUAAUAGUGCCUGGGUGUAAAAAGGGUCAUCAUUUAUAUCCAAAAAUAAAGAUAAAAUAUAGAUAUGUCUGUCAUCCACGAAAUUAGAAGGUAAAACGAAGGAAAAUCUGUACAGCGCCAUCUAUAUUGUUUGUGAGAAACAUAGCCUGGAGAGUCCCUUAUUGAAUCAAUUAGACUGAUAAAAUGUAGUUAUGUCUGAAUGGAUGGCUGCAAGUUAUCUUCCGAUUUCUUUGUAUGUAGCUGUUCCUGUCACUUUAUAUUUGUGUAUCAAUACACACACACAAUUUAUGUAUAAAUAAAUCACCUGAUACCUGAUAUUUCAAUUCAAAGUAGAUAGAUAAAAAACAUUUAAAAAGAAAAUAGGAUGCAUGUGUCAUAUAAUAAUCAUUCAUUAAUUAACUAUAUUUAGUAAAAUAUUUAUUGAAAGAUAUAAAAAACGGCCCAUCAUCACAGUUAAUUAAAAAGUUAGCCAAUGAUCUCAAACACAGUGAUCUAAUCAAGAUUAAUUGCUACAUAAAAAUACCUUUGUUCAUAAAAUAAUGUUUUACGAAAUGAGUUUUCAUUUAAUUUUCAGCGGGCCUAGCACCGUAAGCACGCGACUCUUUCUCGCCGUGACAGAGAUCGUCUGUCUCUUUCUGUGCAGUACUGUGAGAGAGUGACGGGUGACGUAUGUCGAGGCGAGAAAGAGUCGCGCGCUUACGGUGCUAAGCCCGCUGAUAUUAUAAGCUUGCCCAGUUAGCAAAGACAUUUUUUUUGUUUUGGUUUUCCCUGAAGGGCAAGGCAAGAGGAACCAUGCCCAUACAGCCAAAUCUUAUUUAUUUUUUGUUAUUGAUGAUGAUUAAUGAAAUGAUGAAAGUUGUUGACGAUGAAUGAUGAAACCUAAGCCCCCACACUCGAAGCAGACUCCUACUUCGAAACCUAAACGAAUUAACUCACCCCGCAUAAACUUUCGAGUUAUGAAGCGGCUUGGGCCGAAGAGAAAAUAAAUAGGUACACUUUGUUUAUUGAAUAUUCCGUUAUUAACACUAUCGCGAAAGUUUUCCGACUAACUUAAUGCGAUCAUUAACCACAAAACACCACUUCAUAUUAAUUAUAAAGAAAGCAACCGAGUCGUUCACGUUCCCGCCAAAAAGCCCCUUGUUCACAUUAUUGGAAUGUUACUGGAAUACCACUAGAAUGUGAAAAAAACGUAAAACAGUGCAUUCCAGUCCACAUUAUUUUCUCGUAGUGUUCCAGUAGCGGUAACUGAAUAAGUGUUAGCCUGGAAUAAUAUGAACCGGGUAAUAUAUGACCAAAAAGUUUUACCGGAAUUUAAGAUUGUUAUUGGAUUUUCAAAAAAGUUCCUUCUUUUGUAAAGUAAAAAAAAUAUAUAUUUUAGAAUGUAUUGGGCACAAAUUGGGCAUUAUAAGAGUUGAUUUUUAGAGCAUUUAUCAUGUUUUUUGUUUAAAAUAUUGUUGGGUUUUUAAAAUGUUAUGUUUUUAGAAUAAAUGAAAUGAGAUGAU